AUGUUUCAGAGCGACCUGUUUCCAUCCCUGCAGGGAUGGAGUCUCCUCACGCUGGAGCAGCGGCGAAAGGUGUUCUUCAAGUGGGUCCAAGGGUACGAGAGGAAGAUCAGGGACCUGAGUCCUCCCCACAAGGUCUUCGAAUACUUUGCCUCCCAGGUAGGGAGGGUGUUCCUGAGGGCCACUCCUGGUGCAGCUGCUGAUCGUGUGCCGGCCAGUCCUCACACAUAUAAGUGGCCUGACCAUCCCUCGCAGCGCCACGGACCAGCUGCCUGGAUGACCGCCCAGGAUGUCAUGCGGAGCGUUGUGCCUGUGUUUCCCCCAUCGAAAUCGGCAGUGCUCCGGGCCGGCAGCCUGUGGGGCGAACCCAGCCCGGAAAUGAAAGAGGUGGGGAAGCAUGAAGACAGCAGGGCGAGGCAUUUGGAGUGA